CUAGUGAAGGGUGGCGUUGAUGCUACGGCCGAGUGGGCAGGACCAAACUCACGACGGGAAGCGCUGGAAACGAGGCGACGAGAAGCGGACGGCCCCGGUGGUGGCCAAGGGACACUGGGAGAGUCGAAGAGUCAGUUGCCAAAAUGGCACAAUGGAACCAACUGCAGCAGCUGGACACACGAUACUUGGAGCAGCUUCACCAGCUUUACAGUGACAGCUUUCCAAUGGAACUUCGGCAGUUCCUUGCACCUUGGAUAGAGAGCCAGGAUUGGGCUUAUGCUGCCAGCAAAGAGUCCCAUGCCACUUUGGUAUUUCACAAUCUUCUGGGUGAAAUUGACCAGCAGUACAGUCGCUUCCUACAAGAAUCCAAUGUUCUCUACCAGCAUAAUCUGCGCCGGAUCAAGCAGUUCCUACAGAGCAGGUACCUGGAGAAACCCAUGGAGAUUGCCCGCAUCGUGGCCCGUUGUCUCUGGGAGGAGAGUCGGCUGCUACAGACAGCCGCAACAGCAGCACAACAAGGUGGGCAGGCAAACCACCCUACAGCUGCUGUAGUGACAGAGAAACAGCAGAUGCUGGAGCAACACUUGCAAGACGUUAGAAAGCGGGUCCAGGAUCUAGAGCAGAAGAUGAAAGUGGUGGAAAACCUCCAGGAUGAUUUUGAUUUUAAUUAUAAGACUUUGAAGAGUCAAGGUGACAUGCAGGAUCUGAACGGAAACAACCAGUCAGUGACACGCCAGAAGAUGCAACAGCUGGAGCAAAUGCUGACUGCGCUGGAUCAAAUGCGAAGGGGGAUUGUGAGUGAACUGGCUGGGCUCUUAUCUGCCAUGGAAUAUGUGCAGAAGACACUGGUAGAUGAGGAGCUGGCUGACUGGAAGAGGAGACAGCAGAUCGCAUGUAUUGGUGGACCACCUAACAUCUGCCUAGAUCGUCUGGAAAACUGGAUAACAUCCUUGGCUGAGUCACAGCUUCAAACACGUCAACAGAUUAAGAAGCUUGAGGAGCUCCAGCAGAAGGUUUCCUACAAGGGGGACCCAAUUGUUCAACAUCGGCCCUUGCUGGAAGAGCGCAUUGUGGAGUUAUUCAGGAAUCUCAUGAAGAGUGCCUUUGUAGUAGAGCGGCAGCCCUGUAUGCCGAUGCACCCAGAUCGUCCACUUGUUAUCAAAACUGGAGUACAGUUUACAACAAAAGUGCGGUUACUGGUUAAGUUUCCUGAGCUGAAUUAUCAGCUGAAAAUCAAAGUCUGCAUUGACAAGGAUUGUGGUGAAGUGGCUGCCCUUCGGGGAUCCCGGAAGUUUAAUAUCUUGGGUACAAAUACCAAGGUGAUGAACAUGGAAGAGUCCAACAACGGAAGCCUUUCUGCAGAGUUCAAGCAUUUGACACUGAGAGAACAGAGAUGUGGUAAUGGUGGAAGAGCCAACUGCGAUGCCUCUCUCAUUGUCACAGAAGAACUCCAUCUCAUUACCUUUGAGACAGAAGUUUACCACCAAGGUUUGAAAAUUGACUUAGAGACCCAUUCACUUCCUGUAGUGGUGAUCUCCAACAUUUGCCAGAUGCCAAAUGCAUGGGCAUCCAUCUUGUGGUACAACAUGCUGACAAACAAUCCCAAGAACGUGAACUUCUUCACAAAGCCACCCAUUGGCACUUGGGAUCAGGUUGCUGAGGUGCUCAGUUGGCAGUUCUCCUCAACUACCAAACGGGGACUCAGCAUAGAACAGUUGACAACACUCGCUGAAAAACUACUAGGGCCUGGUGUCAAUUACUCUGGAUGUCAAAUAACAUGGGCCAAGUUCUGCAAGGAGAACAUGGCAGGAAAAGGCUUUUCAUUCUGGGUCUGGCUGGACAAUAUAAUUGACCUGGUGAAGAAGUACAUCUUGGCACUUUGGAAUGAAGGAUAUAUCAUGGGCUUCAUCAGCAAAGAGAGGGAAAGAGCCAUCCUGAGCACAAAACCACCAGGGACCUUUUUGUUGCGUUUCAGCGAAAGCAGUAAGGAAGGUGGAAUCACCUUUACAUGGGUGGAGAAGGAUAUUAGUGGAAAGACACAAAUUCAGUCGGUGGAGCCGUACACCAAGCAGCAGCUCAAUAACAUGUCAUUUGCUGAGAUUAUUAUGGGUUACAAGAUCAUGGAUGCUACCAACAUCUUGGUUUCCCCACUUGUUUAUUUGUACCCUGAUAUUCCUAAGGAAGAGGCCUUUGGAAAAUACUGCCGUCCUGAGAGCCAGGAACAUCCUGAAGCCACUGACCCAGGUAGUGCUGCUCCAUAUCUGAAGACCAAGUUCAUCUGUGUAACCCCAACAACUUGCAGUAGCACUAUUGAACUGCCUAUGUCUCCCCGCACACUUGAAUCCCUGAUCCAUUUUGGCAGUAAUGGUGAAGGAGCUGACGGAAAUGCCAGCGGGCAGUUUGAGUCCUUGCAGGUGUUUGACAUGGAGAUGACUGCUGAAUGUGCCAAUUCGCCCAUGUGACCACCCCUCUUAAGCAGCUGACCAGUUCUGGCUUCCUGGCAUCACACAUUUACUCCCCUUGCAGCAUCAUGGAGCUCAGACAUCUCGGCUCUGCCUCAACAGAAGACAUUUGAUUGAGGGUCCUUCUUUAAGUACACCAUUGCUGGAGCUUCUUGCCAGAUCUCAAGACAGCUGGAGGGAAGAAGUUUCGUUUAAUUUUAGCUGUUUACUUCCUUCCCUACUCCAAUAUUUUUCAUUAUGUAUACUGGUUAUUAAUAUAAGGGGUGAAGACUUUGUUCUGGUGUUUUACUAGAUCAAGUGUGCCUCCUCAACAGUACUUUUUGGUCUCCUGUGCAUUUUUGCUGCAUGGCACAAAAAGCUGUUUCUGUAGCGCUACCCUCUUAAGUGCUUUACCCAGUAAUGAAGCAGUUGAAAUUGACAGGCAGGAGUCUGUUCAAGUAGCCCCAUGUUAGGGAGGGGAAAGCAUAUAUGGAGGGACACUCCUUAGAGACAAGUGCGCUUUUGUUUCUUUUCCAAAACAGUGUAUCUUCUGUGUUCUGCUAUUUAGCCCUCCUGUGACGAUCAACAUACCCUAGUAGAACAGCCCUGCUAGGUAAAAAUGGCCAAUAGCGUGGUUAGUUGACCAUCCUGGGCUUUGAUGCUCCUACUGAGGAUUUUAGAGCAUUCCAGCUUCAAAGACUGCUAAUACUCAAGGUUGCGGCGCAAACCCCAGCGGAAUAGUAAUAUAACUUUAUUGAUUAGUCAAUUGACCAUAUCAAAAAAAUUGGGCAUCAGCCACAAUAAAAUAUGGUAACAUAAGACAGAGAAAAUGCAAGAUAAGAUAAAAUAUAAUAAGGUGAGAUAAAAUACAAUAAAAUACAGUAGGGUGAAAUAGAGAUAAAAGUGAGAUUUUUUUUAAAAGUGUAAGAUAAUGCAGAGGCUUAUAAUAUGAAUAAUAAAAUACAAAAACAAUAUGUGUUUAGGUGAACUCAUCAC